GGGUGGGUGCUUAUGCUCUGUGCAGAGAAGGAUGUGAGGGGGAGGGGAAGGCAUGGGCGUUGGGGAGAUCGGGCCUCGGGCUCCCUCUCCUCCUCUCCCCGGCUCAGUCAGAGGAGAGGGCUAGGCCAGACUGGAGCUCCCACACUGGGGAGGGCACGAAAAGCCCCUGGGGACAGGGCCGGCCCCAGACCUGAGACUUGGUCUGGGGGCUGGGCAGCUGGGGAUACAUGUUUCUGCCAAGUGUCCAGGGGAGUGGGGUGCAGUGGCCAGGCUCUGGGAAGCAAAUGAUCAACUGUCCUUCCAGGUGGGUGCUUGAAUCCUCGAAGAGUCCAGAUAAGGCUCUCAACAGUGGAAAAAAACCAACCCCUGUUAACGCUGAGCGAAGCGCAUCACAUGUGUUAGCUCAUCCGUGUUCCUAACAGUCCCCCAGCGAGGCAUACCCCCCCCCCCUUUACAGAUGGGGAAACGGAGGCUCAGGAAGGCGGCAGGACUGAGGUUCAAAACCAGAUCUUUGGGCUCGAGAGAGUGAGCUCUUAGCCGCCACCGACCGGCAUGUCCAGACUUGGGGUUAGCCAAGAUUUCUUACAUCAAACCAAGGACAGAAAAGAUAGUAACCAUAAACGAAAAGACUGAUAUAUUGGGGCUUCAUUAAAAUUAGGAACUUUAGUUUCCCAAAAGACCCGUUCAGAGAAUCGAGAGGCAAGCCACAGGCUGGGAGAAAGUAGUCUCCAUACAUAUGCCCAACAAUGGCCCCAAACUCAGGAUAGACUUUAAAACUUCUGUAAAUCAUUAAGUAAAAGACAGCUUUUCCACCUGGGCUGCCGACAUGCCAUCCAGACUGAGGAAGACCCAGAAGCUUCAAGGCCACGUGAGUCAUGGCCACGGCCACAUCGGCAAGCACCGGAAGCACUCAGGAGGCCGGGGUAAUGCUGGUGGCAUGCAUCACCACAGGAUCAACUUCGACAAAUACCACCCAGGUUACUUUGGAAAAGCUGGUAUGAGACGUUACCACUUAAAGAGGAACCAGAGCUUCUACCCAACCGUCAACCUUGAUAAACUGUGGACCUUGGUCAGUGAGCAGACACGGGUAAAUGCCGCCAAAAACAAGACUGGAGCUGCUCCUAUCAUUGAUGUGGUGCAAUCGGGCUACUACAAAGUUUUGGGAAAGGGAAGACUCCCAAAACAGCCUGUCAUCGUGAAGGCCAAAUUCUUCAGUAGAAGAGCAGAGGAGAAGAUUAAGGGUGCUGGGGGUGCCUGCAUUCUAGCAGCUUGAAGCCACGUUUGGGGGGUUCAUUAAAUGCUAACAAGUGCUUUUCUCAAAAAAAAAAAAAAAAGACAAACCCAACCCCCCCCCCUGCAAAUUUGCAGAAGACUUAAAAGGGCACUUCACAAAAGAGGAAUAUCCAAGUGGCCAGGAAGCACAUGAAAUGAUCUUCUCAUUAGUCACCAGGGCAAAUUAAAAGCACACUGAGUUACUACCACCCAUCCACCUGAAUGGUUAAAGUUAAAAAGACUGCUAUCAACCAACUCAGGGACGUGUGGAGAAACUGGAACCUUCAUGCGUUGCUGAUGGGGACAAAAAAAUGGAACCCCCACCCUGGAAAACCAUGCACCACAGCAUCUACUACAGCCAAAAACACGGCCGACACCAUAACCUGGCAGGUCCGCUCCCAGGGAAAUGCGUGAGAAAACCGAGCGCUUCUGUCCAUCAAGAGACGUGAUCAAGAAUGUGCAAAAGGGCUUUACUCAUAAUAGCCAGAAACUGGAAACCGUAGAAGGGGCCUCUUCACACGAUGGAAUACUACGCAGCAACAAACAAGAACAAACCUCGGAUACAUGCAUGCCACCAAAUGGAUCCAUCUCACAGGCGUGAUGCUGAGUGAAAGCCGGGUACGGAAGAGCACACACUAUCUGAUCCCAUUUUUAUCAAGAACAGGACGUGUAUGUAUGUCCCAUCUCAGUUAAAAAGCAGAGGGGGCACACUUUUGAUGAUUUGGAACUAUACAGAGAGGAGAGGAUUUCCUGAGAGGAGGUGAGCUCCCCAUCACCAGAGGCAUGCACAUUGCAGCAGAGGGGCUGCUUUGGCAGGGCUGAGGAGGGGCCCAGAGUCUGGAUUUGUAAACUGAUCUGUGGUCUGAGACUCUGAGCUCAGUCUAUUUGGAGGAUGAUUGUUCUGGAUACUUUUAGAUCAGACUUUGAAGGCUGCUACACAGACAGCAUUUUCACCAGCCUGCAGAGACCAUACGAAUGUGAUGGCAGUUGCUGCUGGUCCAGCCAAAGUCAGGAGCCGGAGUCCAGCUCGGCAGAGGCUGAGUCCGAGAUGCGGUUUAUGACCUAGGAAGGAGGGAGGUCCUGCACCACGAAACGCAUGGGCCCCUGGGGGAGAACAGGCCUUUCAGUGAGCUGGGAAACAACAGGCACCCCAAAGCAGGGGCCCAAGUCAGGGUGUUUUAAAAGUACAAAACCCCAACUACCAUUUAAUGGUGUCACUAUUCUUUUAAAAAGAGAAGACAGUUGAACACCAGCAUAAGUGGAAAAACUUAUAAUCUCAAACUCAAGGACAGUCCUUUGCAUUGAAAAGUUUAGCUGUUUGAAAGCUUUAUUACCUUCCUGUGCAUCUCAUCUCAUUAGAGACGGGUGGGAAGGGUUUACGGCCAACCUGUAGAGGCUGUGAACGGAGGUGGGAAGGCCUGCUCUGGGCUUGACCUCCCUGGGGCAGGACCUUGUUUACCAAAGGGUCCCAGUGCCCUGCCUAGGACCAGGUCACAGGGGGCACCUUCUAACCACCUACUCACUGAGUCGAUGAAUCUGUACGCAUCUUAUCGCUGUUAACACCAUUUUCUUGCAGCCUAGCGCACCGUCUACUUAAUGUGCUACCCCCAGAGGGACUCCCUGAUUGUUGCUCUAUGUGGACACCAACCACCCUUUGAUGGCAAUAAUCCCCAACAAGGACA